AUGGACUCCACACCCUUCCACCAGUGCUGUACAGUCUUGCCGGAACUGCUGAACGCCCAACGCUUUCCGGGACAGGAGGCGGCGCAUUUGUUGCCAUCCAUCUUGAAGAUUGGUGUCACUCUGAAAGAAGAUGAGUUUCGAGAAAAGGUGGCGCCCUUGGUGGUGAAGCUCUUCGCCUCGCCGGAUCGCGCGGUGCGCUUCCGAUUGUUGACCUCUUUGGGCGAGAUGAUCGAGUUCUUGGCCACUCGGGUCCUGGGAGGCGACCGUGAAGUGCUGGGCUCAGUCCGACGUCCGUUCGACCGCGAGAGACAGUCGAUGAUCUUCUUCGUGGCGCGGUUGAAGCCAAAAACUGUUGAGAAUCGAGUACUGAAGCUUCUCAUCAAGAUGAUGCAGGAUUCCGAAGCCUCGAUCCGGACCAACGCCCUCAUUUGCGUGGGCCGCGUCUCCAGCCAUUUGCCAGCGGCUUCCGUGAGUCCAACCCUGAUGACGGUGGUGGGAAUGGGCCUCAAGGAUCCCUUCACUCCGUGCCGCUGUGCCGCCUUGCAGACGCUCUCAGCGACCUCCAGCUGCUUAUCGCCUGAGGAGUUAGCGCAGAAGCUUCUACCAGGGGUUUGCCACCGAUUGAUAGAUCCAGAUCAGGCGGUGGCUGACAUGGCCUUCAGCACCCUCAGCAAGUUGCAAGAUGUCGUGAGGCAGAAGAUGGCUGAACGCCGCGAGGCUGCGCAGGAGGCACCACAAUCCGAGCAGCUCCCAAAGGAAGACCACUCUGGAUGGGCCACCAGUGCAGGGAGUUUCUUCGGCAUGGACAAGGUGCGACAAAAGCUGAUGGGUGUUGCUGGCUCCAUGACCACUGAGAAGAGCGUUGCAGCCACGUCCCCAAAUGAGGCAAAUCAUGAGAGCUUUCCUCCCACUGCUCCAGAGCAGCCAGGCCCUCCCAGAGCCGGGAUGCGUUUGGAGUCUUCCAGCAGUGGAGGUGGAGCUCGAGCCAGGAGCAAAGAGACGAAUCCUCAUCAAGGAGGGGGAGGUGCCCUGGACUUAGACAUGGAGUUUGAUGACGUGGGAGGUGCUUGGGAUGAGGAUCCAUUGGGUUCCAAGGAGCCCGAUGUGCAAGUCCAAGAUGCCUCGGACUUUGGAGAUGACUUCUUCGAGCAAUUUGAUUCGCAAAGGGCUUCGUCGAAAGGUGCACCACCGCCUGCGCAGGCGGCUGCAGUCGCAAGCAGCGCGCCGAGCCGGCCGAAGGUCGCCGCUUUGCUUCAAAAAGAGGCCCCAGCACCAGCUGCGCCGAAAGCCACAAUGCCGAAGGCCAAGAGUGAACCCGCCAAGAAGCUGGAUGACAUCGACGACGACUUCUGGAAAGAGUUUGACAUGUGAGGACUGCUGCUUCCAGGAUGCAUUGAGGCGUUCUGCGAAGUUUCUACAGAUGCUGCAAAUUGUACAUCGCCAGCCACGUGAAGGACCUGAUCACUCAAACUCGC